GCACUGUGCGCAUGCGCACUGUCACGCUAAGCCCAAUGCUAAUGCUAUCACACACUGCUGCGCAUCUAGCAACACAACAAACACAGUAAAUAACUUAACCUUCGCUUUUAUUUUUCAACUUUUAAUCAUGUUGCGCGAAAGCGGUCUGUUCAAAUACGUCUAACAUGUUUAAUGUGAGGUAAAAGAAUAGACAUUAUUUUGGCGCUUGUAGUCGGGCGGAUCUGUGCUAGUUUAGCUAAGAUAAUUUUACUUCGAUAAAGUUAACGCAUAAACAUGUGCGAUAACAUGUGGGACAAUAAACGGUGAAAUAUAUCAACAUCGACAGAUUGCAAUCAUAAGAUAAACCGCAUAAAGUUGCUACAGACUGGAGUAUCUGCAUCUGUAAAUCCAUUCUACAUUCAAAUGAUGACUGUUUGCUUUGAGCUGGGAAAUAAACCAGGAAGCCUGGUGGCUGGAUCUAGGUAUCAAAUGGUCCUCUGAAGAAGCCAUGGGAAGCUGUUUUAGCUGUCCAGAUAAAGAAUCAAUCCCUGACAUUCACCAGAGUAAAUUUAAGGUGGUGAACGUGGAUGACGAUGGGAAUGAGCUGGGAGCAGGAAUUAUGGAGCUGACAGAGGAUGAGCUGGUCCUGCGCACACGGAAGUGCGAUGCCGUAAGGUGGCCGUACCUGUGCCUGCGCCGCUACGGCUAUGAUUCAAACCUCUUUUCCUUUGAGAGUGGCCGUCGCUGCCAGACUGGUCAAGGGAUCUUUGCCUUCAAGUGUUCAAGGGCAGAAGAGAUCUUCAACAUGCUACAGGACAUCAUGCAUAAUAACAGCAUCAGUGUGGUAGAGGAACCAGUGUUUGAGCCCAACCUCGCCCAAACUGAAUCAGAGCUUCCUGUCACACCGCACACACCUACCACUCCUGGCAACAUACUCCCUACUGUACCCAAUGGCAGCUUACGGUAUCCCUCGCUGGGGGACGCGUCCUCUCACCCCUCCAGUCGGCAUCCUUCUGUUGGGAGCACAUGCCUGCCCUCAUUGGGCGAGGAGUCCACACAUCCUCUUUUAGUUGCAGACGAGAGUGUAAGGGGGCACACAUAUGUGAACACCACCGGUCUGCUGGAGCAGCACAGCCCGAGUCUUACGGAUGUUCCUGUAGACACCAGUGCUUCAUUACAAAAUGGAGAGGAUACCCCCGCUCAAGAGGCCCCGGACCCUGGCCCCCGAGUGCAGCUGGAGCCCGAAUGCGUUCGGUUUGUGUUGGGUCCAACUCCUGUGCAGAAACAGAGGCAGAAAGAGGCAUCCGUGUCGGGAGAGCAGAGUCCCGUGGAUGAUGGCAGGCCAAGUAGUUCAGCCCAGAAUUCCGAUGUCGGCAGUAUUAAAAACACAGACAGCUCCGUUGCAGCUGAAAGCAGUAAGCAUGAGGACACGUCUAUCGCCGUACCGGCAGCUUCAGAGACCUUCAAUUGCUCGUCAUCGGCUCUCUAUCGCCGUAGGGGUCGUCCACCACCACUCACUCCUGACGCCAAUGUCAACAACUCCGCCCAGCGGAGAACGGCAUUAUUGGACUACGAGAACCUCCCGGCCCUGCCUCCUUUACGAGAGCAUCCGAAGGGUGACUCCGAGGGUGAGGACGGUGAGGUCCCAGUAGAACUGAAGUCACAGCCCAUCAACGGUUACCACAACCACCGGCAGUACAGUCCCGACCCUACUCACUACUACAUCAACACAGAGAACGUGACGGCCCCACUCAGCGCUAACAAGGUAGAGUCGGCCCGCUGGCGGGACCGCUCCACCCCAACCUUCUUUAACUUUGAUUUCCGUCGACCGUGCCUAGAUUCCCACAGACUGAACUACAUCGAGGUGGAGACGGAGACCGAGAACUCCAGUAACCCUCAGACCCCAAAGACUCCCACUUCGCCCCUUCCUCAGACUCCCACCCGCAGGACAGAGCUGUAUGCAGUCAUUGACGUGGAGCGCACGGCUGCCAUGUCCAGCCUGCAGAAAGCGCUGCCCCGCUAUGACGGUACCUCCAGGAAAACACGGCAUAACAGUGUUGACCUGCCAAUAUAACCCGACGCUGCCGGAAGACACUCCUAAAACUGAUUUCUUUCCAAAGGCAGUUGGGUGUAAAAUUACGAAUGUUUCUUAUUUUUUAACGCAUAGAGAUUUCCUGUAGCUAAAAUAGUGUCUCUCUGUCUCAUGUUCGCUUGAGAAAAUUAACAGAGGAGCUUGCCAUAUACCAUCAUUUUAUUCCUAUGGUAAUAUACUACUACUUUUCUUACACUCGUUUUCCAGUGCCUGUUUAUGUUUAUUAUGUUAAUAACAAGUUGGACGACAUUCCACGAGAUCAUUCCAUAAGGCACAAAUCAGUAUUACUGAUACGAAAGUUGUUUUUUAAUCUUUAUUUGUUCAUCAAGACGCUACGCAAGACAGACUUCACACACUACAUUUACAUUUUUGGUUGUGUAUACAAAGAUUUCACUACAAUCGAGUCUGUUUUUAAGAGACAUGUUUUUAGUUACAUACACUACUACAUACAUGUAACAGAUAUUUGGAAAGAAAUGCAUCACUAUGACACUAGGAUUUCAAAUUGGUAAUUGUGUCAGCCAAAAUGCCUUAUUCCUUUAAAUGCUGUAAACAACCAAUAUAAAUAAGUUUAUCUGAAUAUUACCAGAUAUCUGAAUAAAACCAGUAUUGGGUUUAUUGCUGUCCACGUAAAAGUGAAGAUGGUUAUAUGCUACAUUUAGAAGAGCUUAAUUAACAGGACUAACCUAAAAAAUGAAUCCAUCUCAAGAAUGUUUUUCCUUUUGAAAUUGUAUGGUACUGCUCACAAAGAGCCAACAACUGUAUGAUAGACACAAAUGUUAAUAAUUAAGUGCAUUUAUAAAUAAUAAUAAUCAUGAUAUACAAUCAUUUCCCCAAGUAAUGCAAUUUAUUAGCCUGUAAAAAUGAUUGUGGAUAUAAAGAUUUUUUGCAUUAAAGGAGAAUUCAACUAA